AUGGACUUGAAUAGCGAAGGGUUGGAUCCUAAAGACGUUGGAUUAGAGCAUAUUGAGUUUAUUCACCUUCAUAAAACCGGUUCGUUGCUCGAAGCUUCUGCGAUUAUCGGAGUGAUCGUCGGAGGUGGAUUAGAGGAAGAGAUAGAGAAAUCGUCAGAGGAAUUGGGAAAAACCGCCAGUAAAGAUCAGAUCGCCGGAAAGCUGACGUAUCCGAAAGUGUUAGGUCUUGAGAAAUCGAAAGAGUUUGUUAAGAGAUUGAAGAAUGAUGCGAAAGAACAUCUUAAAGGGUUUGAUUCAGAGAAAGUAAAAUCUUUGAUAGCUCUUGCUAACUUCAUUGCCAACAGAAAUAACUAA